AUGAUGUGGUUAUUCAGAGCGAGGACAGUCCAGCGGAACCAAGCCCAAGAAGCCCCAGCCUCUCAGGAAGGUUCAUUGGAGUUGGCCUCCCAGAGUACCAUUUCUGUAGAACACGAACAACCUUCAGAACAAGCUGUCACUCAAAAUACAGAUCAAGCGCCAAGAGAGGGAUUCUUUGGCUGGUUUUGGACUCACAUCGGAAGACGUCGUGGUCAACGUGACAAGGCGCCGACAGAUCCUGCUGGAGAGCUCCAAGUGAUGCUACCCAACCAACCAUCGGAGCUCUCCAAUUCCGGCGAAGUUUGCCUGAUCUCUGAAAGCCCUUAUAGGAUACUAAGGGAGCUGGACCGCCUGGAUGCUCAAGGAAGCGAUGGCUGGACGUCG